AUGCCCCGCCGCUCGCAAACACGCGCGUCAAAUCUACACACAGCAAUAACCACUUCAUCCCCGCCGCCUCUCCAUGAUUCUAUUUCGGAAAACCUCACGUUGCUCCGGAAGCAGUGGAGAUGGGCAGCUUUCAGCCAGUUUUACUAUACUUUUGCCCAGCUAUUUAACACGAACGAUGUCACUAUUUCUGAUAUUGAAAGAGAUCUAGUUCACCAGUCCAAUACAGUAAUAUCUCGCAUCAUGCAGAAAUUGCUAUACGCCCUUUCCUAUGAUCGUAAAGUCACCACCGAAAACUGGCAAACUGCUCUGCGCAAGCAAUACAAUAAACGAGAUCCUGCAUCAAAUCCCCUCGGACCUGAACCUAAGGGGGAAGACAAGGGUACAAAGGAGGAGGAAAAAGAAUUGGCGCUACAAGAGUUGGCGCCCGCUGAGCGGUUGGGUCAGGAUAUCAAUGGAAAAGAGUUGGUCGACGGAGAAUCUUCAACGCCCAAAGCGGAGUCUGUUUCUCUCGAACACACCAAUCCGGACACACCAUUACCCGAGACUGCGCAAGGUUCCCGUCAAUCAAGUGUGUUAAAUAACACAAAGUCAGCCUCUGUUUCGGCGAAAGGGUUACAGAAUGAAGAAGAGGAACAAAAGCCAUCUGUGAACUGGUUUGACCUUCCGGUGCUUACCAAACUGGAGUCUUUGCAUACCCUUGUGGAAUGGCAAUUCCAAAAUCCUAUUAGGCUGCGAACCAUCAUGAAAAGCGACGAUGAACUAGCUUCUUGGCGCGUCGAACCGAUUGGUUAUGACAGUAAACACAAUGCUUAUUGGUUUAUUGGAGGCGAACGACUCUGGAUCCAGCGUGUACCGCCAAAACCACCAAAGACCCAGGCAUCAAAACGUAAGAGACCCACCGGCAAAGUGGCUGAUAACAAGGCGUCUUCAAAAGCGGCCAAGACGUCGUCUAAAUCCAAUCCACCCCCCAAGAAACGCCCCCGCAUGGAAGAGGCCAACACGAGUAGCAAUGUUCCCUCAUCAUCUGGACGUCAUAGUCGCGCUGCCAAGGAUCAGGCUAAAAUCAGGCUUGAUCUCCAAGCUAAAGAGUUAGCAAAACUUAGUCGCGAAGUUACCAAACCGAACAAGAGCCCGGCUAAACAACCUUCUAGAAUGGCUACGCGGGUAGUUGGUACACGGACAAGCGCGAGGCUUAGAGGUCAAGAAGAUGAAUGGCAACCUAUCCCAAACGAGUGGCUGAAUAGCCCUGUGAAACCCAAAACUCGCACCUCUGCGGCUAAAGUAUUGAAAACGGGUUUAGAAAGUGACGAGGAAAGUGAUCUGACAGAGCUCAGUGAAGACGAUGCCGACGAAGAUCAUGGUGAAGAUCAGGUUGAGGAAGUUGAGCAACCUGCUGAACCCGCCUCGAUCAAUAUUGAGGCUACAAGUGCCGUAUCACAAGCUGCAGAUGAAAUGAAUGAAAAGGAGAAGGUGAAUGUGGAGGAUACUUUCUCUGACUUUACAGAAUGGGAGACACUUUGUGUGACAUUAUUUGAGUGGGAGCAUAUAGCAGAACGGUUUGCAAAUGCAACGUACUAUGCGGAGAAAGCCCUUUAUAAACUUUUGGUUAAUGACAUUGUUCCGGCCAUCACCCAUGAGCUCAGAGAAAUUGAAAAGAAACGCGAGCUGGAAGAAGCAUUAAGUCACAGAAAGAGGUCGUCCCGUCUUGCUAUCAGGGAAAGCGAACGUGAAGAAGCUCGUUUGGCUGCAAAAAGAAAGCAGGAAGAAGAAGAAAAGUUCAGUCGUACUCGACGAUUGGAAGCCAGGCAACAGAAAGAAGAAGAGGAACGCAUUAAACGUGAAAAUGCAAGAGAGCAACGGAGGAAAGAAAGAGAGGCUCGUGAAGAAUCACGAAAAGCUCUUACGGCGCAAGAAAACCUGGCGGCGGAACAAGCUGCAGCUAAAGCCAAAAGUGCACAAGAAGCCAAGGCCAAGGCUAAAGCCAAUCAGGCUAAUCGCCAAAAUAUUGCAAAUGGAAAGAAUGGGAAUCACAGCGGUAGUGGAUCUCGGACGCCUGCUGGGGAAGACUGGGAGUUAUCCUGUGAAAUCUGUCAUCGUCAAGGAAUCAAUCUGGACGAUGGUACUCCCAUGAUGUCUUGUGGUAGAUGUUCUAAGUGGCAACACAUACGUUGCCACGACCGCGCAGAUCAGGCGGCAGGUCGUCCUCGACGGAAUUGGGACGCUGUUGACUUUAUUUGCAAAAACUGUCGCGCAGUCCAACAAAACAGUUACCACAGAGACAGCAUGCAGAUGUACAAUAACGCGCAUCAUCACCAGAUGGCUGCUCCUUCACAAACGCAUCCCUAUCGGCCUUAUCCACAACAGCAACACAUGAAUUCACAAUCUGAUCGCCAUGUACCUUAUCCAGAUUACAGAGGAGGCGUCACCCCUCAGCAACAAAGUUUUUAUGUUCGACCAUCCUAUGCCCAACACCAGCAAAAACUUCCAACACAGUAUAGGAAUGCGCCACCUCCAUCAGCCAACAUAGGGCGGCCAACGAUAUCAUUCAGUCACUAUCAACCUUCCGAACAUGGUUUCUCACCUGGUCCGCAACCCACCUAUGCGGACCAACAACACCCCUAUUAUGGAGUGCCGAACCCUCAGUAUCGUGCCCCUCCUUCCACUUCAUCACCAUACAAACCCCAGGCAACUUGGAAUAUCACCACUCCUGCACAUGCCCCUGGGUAUGCACUGCCCCAUAAUGGAGCAGCUGCCUCAUCCAAUCCUACCCAAUAUAGAAACUCUGCCCAUGAACAUCGUCCAGAUAUAAUCCCCACAAACGAACCUCCGCCGCAAUUAUAUCCGCGAUAUCCGGAGCAACAUUAUCAAUAUCCUCAAUCUAAUAGCAAACACCUUCCUACAUCAUAUCAGCCACCGUUGGGUAGAUAA